AUGAUCUCCAAUCUUCUGCCGGCUCUUUUUCCAAGCCUGGGCCCAGACAGCAGGCCCAAUGCUGAGGAAAUCUGCACGGAGUGCAUGAGUGCAUGUCACUCUCCAAAGGAGAUGUUGCGCGAUCCGACUGCUCAGCGCUGCGGGAGGGGCCUCUGCUCCACAGUUGUUUUCCUCAUUUCAAGAGCUGGUCCUGCCAUUGCCUCUUCUGAGAGAGCGAAGGAAUGGACAGGAGUUGUCACAGCUGGACCAGCUGGACAUUCAGAUUCCUCUUUGCCUAGCCACCUCGACCUUCUUUUUGCUAGGCUAGUACGACAAAAAGCGACCAUGGCUGUCCCGGAUGUAGAGCAGCCUCAGCAAAUGGAAACCAUCUCCCCCAGGGCUACAGGAGCAAACGGAGAGAUGACAGGUGGCGGGCGGCGGAACAUUGAUGAAUCGUUGAGAUAUGAUUGGAAUGGCGAGAACGACCCAAGGAAUCCGUUCAACUGGUCGCUGUUCUUGAAAUGGAGACUGACGGUAGCGGUUCUCAUCGUCUCCAUUCUGCUCGGUCUGCCUGCUGGUGCGUAUGGUGCUGGAAACGCAGAGAUGGCUCGCUUGUUCAACGUUGCCAACGACGACUUUCCCUAUCUCUUCUUCGCAACCACUUCCUGGAACGUGGGAGCCUCUAUCUUCCCACUUAUCUUGGUCCCUCUCACGGAGAGCUCUGGACGAAUUCCCGGCUAUUUUGGCGCCUACAUCGCCUUCUAG